GCUGGUGUAUAAAUGGUUCCUGCUCAUAUACAAGAUCAGCUACGCCACCGGCAUCGUGGGCUACAUGGCUGUCAUGUUUACACUCUUUGGUCUUAAUUUAUUAUUCAGAAUCAAACCAGAAGAUGCAAUGGACUUUGGCAUCUCCCUGCUCUUCUAUGGGCUUUACUACGGGGUGCUGGAGCGGGACUUCGCUGAGAUGUGUGCAGACUACAUGGCCUCAACCAUCGGG